AGUCGUCCAGAAGCUCGAAGCCUCCAACUCCACAGAAGGAGAAAAAGCACCCGGCUGUUUCGCCCUUCUCCUCGUCGUCUCUCGAAGCCAAAAACCCUAGAGGGCACACUACCCUUGCCGCUACGGCUCCGCGACUCAUCCCGGAAGCCUACGGAACGCCGCAAUGGUUUGGUUCCAGUGCGAGGACUGCGGCGAGAACCUGAAGAAGCCCAAGCUCGCCGGCCACUUCCGCUCAUGCUCCGCCUACAAGCUUUCGUGCAUCGACUGCGGCGCCGUCUUCAGUCAGGACACCGUGCAGGCGCACACCCAAUGCAUAUCCGAGGCUGAGAAGUACGGUCCUAAGGGGCAGAAUAAGCCAUCCAACAAUUCACAGGGCAAACCGGACAAGCCAAAGCCAAAUGCUGAUGUUGAUACCAGUGUUGGGCUAUCAAUACGCCCCCCUUGGUUCUGCAGCCUAUGCAAUACAACUACCACUAGCAAGCAAACUCUCUUGGGGCAUGCUGAUGGCAAGAAACAUAGGGCAAAAGCAAAAGCCUACCAUGCUUCUCAGAAGCAAGAAAAUGAAGCUGAACAAACUCCAAAUGAUAAGGAAGCUGGUGGAGCACCAACGGUGGAAUCUACACAAACACAAGUAAAUGGUGGCAAGGGUGCUGACAGCGAAAGAGAUGUGGACAAAGAUGCUGUGAAAAGAAAGAGAAUUGAUGACACGGCCUCGGAUGAGCAAGAUAAUGCAAAACGACAAAACUUACCAACCUUGACCGGAGAGGUGAUCCAAUCUGAAAAGGGAGAGCCAGAAGUCAAGACAAAGAGUAAGAGUAAUGCAGAUGAACUAGUCAAUGCUAAAAAGGAGAAAAUCAAGUGGAAGAAAAUUAUUACUAAGAUACUAAAGACGAAUCCGGAUGGAGUUAUGAAAUUAAAGAAGCUGCAAAAGCAAGUUAUUAAGCAACUUUUGGAAUGUGGUCUGACGGAAGAUAAGGAUCAGCUACUUCAUGUGUUGCUGGAUAAGAUAGCUUCAAGCUCCAGGUUUUCUGUUGAUGGCAAGAAUGUUAGAAUGGUGUGUGUGAAUGAGGAAUCAUAGUCUGAUUGUCUGAGUAUUAUAUUGUGAGUUAUCAUUUUUGAUUGCCUGUAUCAUCUGAGAGAUACAGAGAGAACUGUUGAAGAUAACAGAAUUUUGUAUUUUGAUUUAUUUAGCAGUGAUGCUAAUUUGGUACCUCCCUGUUCCCUCAUUUCCUGAUUGUCAACUAUGUGCAAUCAUGCAAUGCAAACUGCCAUGUUGGGUACCA